AUGGCCGUACGAAGUACCUGCUUCCAGCACAACCUCCGAGACAAGUACACCUGGAGAUCACCGCAAGGAACGGAAUCACAAAUCGACCACGUCGUAAUCGACGGUAGACACUUUUCCGACAUCAUCGACGUCAGGACCUAUCGCGGCGCCAACGUCGACUCGGACCACUAUCUGGUGAUGGUGAAAAUGCGCCAACGACUUUCCCUGGCGAAAAGCGUUCGGUACCGCCGCCCUCCGCGGUUGGAUCUGGAGCGGCUUAAGUUACCGGAAGUCGCAUCCCGGUACGCGCAUUCGCUGGAGGCUGCGUUGCCAGGGAGGGUGAGCUGUUGGAAGCUCCUCGAGGACUGCUGGAGGAGCGUCAAGGCAGCCAUCACCAACGCAGCGGAAAGCACCAUCGGAUUUGUGGAACGAGGACGACGGAACGAUUGGUUCGACGAGGAGUGUCGAGCGAUUUUGGAGGAGAAGAAUGCAGCACGGAGGGCAAUGCUGCAGUACAAUCUCCGUGAUUACGAGGAGGCGUAUGGACAGAAGCGAAGGCAGCAGCACCAGCUCUUCCGAGCAAAAGUGCGCCACCAGGAAGAGUUGGAGUUUGAGGACAUGGAGCAGCUGCAUCGCUCAAACGAAACGCGCAAGUUCUACAAGAAGCUCAACGGAUCCCGAAACGGCUUCACGCCGCGAGUCGAAAUGUGCCGGGAUAAAAAUGGAGCUAUCUUGACGAACGAGCGUGAGGUGAUUGACAGGUGGAAGCAGCACUUCGAUGAACACCUGAAUAGCGCAGAAGCAGAGGCAGGGGUCCAAGGCGGCAGGAGAGAGGACUUCAUCGGUACAGCGGGAGAAGGAGAGGAGCCAGUUCCCACGAUGAGGGAAGUUAAGGAUGCCAUCAAGAAGCUGAAGAACAACAAAGCAGCGGGUAAGGAUGGUAUCGGUGCUGAACUCAUCAAGAUGGGCCCGGAGAAGCUGGCGUCCUGUCUGCACCGACUGAUAGUCAGGGUCUGGGAGUCAGAACAGCUACCGGAGGAGUGGAAAGAGGGAGUAAUAUGCCCGAUCUACAAGAAGGGGGACAAGUUAGAUUGUGAGAACUACCGUGCCAUCACAAUCCUCAACGCGGCCUACAAAGUGUUCUCCCAGAUCCUCUUCAGCCGCCUAUCGCCAAUAGCGGAAGGUUUUGUUGGAAGUUAUCAAGCCGGAUUCGUCAUGGGAGAUCAACAACCGACCAAAUCUUCACUGUGCGACAAAUCCUCCAAAAGUGUCGCGACCGCGUACGACUCAGUCGAUCGCGAAGAGCUAUGGAAAAUUAUGGACGAGAACGGUUUUCCCGGGAAGCUGAUCAGACUGAUCAAGAUGACGAUGGAUGGGGCUAGCAAGUCCAACCAGUUCAUCUGCUUCGCCGACGACAUGGACAUUGUUGGCAGAACGUUCAAGGCGGUUGCGGAUGCGUACACCGACUUGAAGCGGGAAGCAGAGAAGUGUUCCAUCUACAAGUCGCUGAUAAGACCGGUCGUCCUCUACGGGCACGAGACGUGGACAAUGCUCGAAGAGGACUUACGAGCGCUAAGCGUCUUCGAACGUCGAGUGCUAAGGACCAUCUUUGGCGGCGUAUAUGAGAACGACGGAUGGCGGCGGAGAAUGAACCACGAACUUGCACAACUCUACAACGAACCAAGCAUCCGGAAAGUCGCGAAGGCUGGACGGUUGCAGUGGGCGGGUCAUGUUGCAAGGAUGCCGGAACGAGCCGACCACUUGAGCCAACGGAACCAGAAGAUCAAUCCUGCGAAGUUGGUGUUUGUGUCGGAGCCGGUAGGAACAAGACGUAGGGGGGUGCAACGUGCGAGGUGGGUGGACCAAGUGGAGAGCGAUUUAGAAAGUGUGGGUGCGCCGCGAAAUUGGAGAAAUGCAGCCAUGGACCGAGCUUGUUGGCGGAGAAUCGUGCAGCAGGCCAAGCUAAUGGUGUAG